AUGGCCACGGCGGCGCACAAGCCCCUGGCGGCGAUCACCGCCGCCGACCUCGCCGCGGCGGGGGCGGCAGCCGACGACGCCGCCGCGCUCCACUCGGCGGUCCGGACCGCGCUCGGCGCCGCCUCCCCCGCCGCGGCGUGGGCGGAGCUCUCGCGGGCCGCGCUCCGCCCGGACCUCCCGUUCGCCGUCCACCGCAUGCUCUACUACGGCUGCUUCGCCGGGUCCCCGUCCGCCACGCCGCCCGCCUGGACGCCCCACCCCGAGGAGGCGGCCCUCACCAAUGUCGGCCGCGUCCUGGAGGCGCGGGGGAGGGCGCUCAUCGGCGAGGCCUACAAAGACCCAAUCACCAGCUUCAGGGACUUCCACAAGUUCUCCAACGAGAACCCAGAGGCAUACUGGAAGCUGGUCUUCGAGGAGAUGGGCAUCACGUUCAGCGUGGAGCCAUCCUGCAUCUUGCGCGACAGCGACGCGUACCCGGGCGGCGAGUGGUUGCCCGGUGCUGUGCUGAACGCGGCCGGAAAUUGCCUGACUGCUAAGCACGGAAGGAAUUCGGGGGACGUGGCCAUUGUGUGGAGGGACGAGGGGAAGGAUUCCGAGCCCCUCAACAUUGUUACUCUGGAGGAGCUGAGGAAACAAGUUUGCAGCCUCGUGGCCAAUGCGCUAGACACGCUGGAUCUGGCAAAGGGAUCUGCUAUUGCAAUUGACAUGCCUAUGAAUGUGAAUGCCGUUGUUAUCUACCUCGCCAUCGUGCUAGCAGGGUACAUUGUCGUCUCGAUUGCCGACAGCUUUGCGGCACCUGCGAUAUCGACGAGGCUAAAGAUAUCGGAGGCAAAAGCAAUUUUCACCCAGGAUUGCAUCCUUCGCGAUGACAAGGAACUGCCGUUGUACAGUAGGGUUGUGGAGGCCAAGGCCCCUAUGGCUAUCGUGAUCCCUGCAAGGGGAUCCACACCGAUAAAAGGACUCCGUACUGAUGACCUUUCCUGGCAAGAUUUCCUUGGAAGGGCUGAUCGUACGAGGGCUGAUAUUUACACCGCAGUUGAGCAACCUGCCUACCAGUUCAGUAAUAUCUUAUUUUCAUCGGGGACCACAGGGGAGCCAAAGGCGAUUCCAUGGACUCAUUUGACCCCUCUUAAGGCAGCUGCUGAUGGAUGGUGUCACAUGGAUAUCCGUAGAGGUGAUGUUGUUGCGUGGCCUACAAACCUUGGCUGGAUGAUGGGUCCCUGGCUUGUCUAUGCAUCGCUACUGAAUGGAGCUUCCAUGGCGCUGUACAAUGGCUCCCCUAACAGUUCAGGUUUUGCGAAGUUUGUACAGGAUGCUAAGGUGACAAUGCUUGGAGUUGUACCCAGCAUUGUUCGCACAUGGAAAAAUACAGAUUGUACUGCAGGAUUUGAUUGGUCAACCAUCAGAUGCUUUAGCUCAACUGGGGAGGCAUCAAGUGUGGAUGACUAUUUGUGGCUGAUGGGAAGAGCUUGCUACAAGCCAGUAAUCGAGUACUGUGGUGGGACAGAAAUCGGUGGCGGAUUUGUUACUGGGUCCCUGCUGCAACCUCAAGCAUUGUCAGCAUUCAGUACACCUGCUAUGGGUUGUAACAUGUUUAUUCUAGAUAGCAAUGGGAAUCCUUUGCCACAGGAUUCUGCUGGUAUUGGAGAACUUGCACUGGAUCCAACACUAUUCGGGUCAUCAACAACACUGCUAAAUGCUGAUCAUCAUGAGGUGUACUUCAGUGGAAUGCCACAAUGGAAUGCAAAAGUCCUCCGUAGGCAUGGCGAUGAAUUUGAACGUACUGCGGAAGGAUAUUAUAGGGCUCAUGGACGAGCAGAUGAUACAAUGAACCUAGGUGGCAUUAAGGUCAGUUCCAUUGAGAUUGAGAGGAUCUGCAGCAGGGUGAAUGAUACCAUUCUUGAAACAGCAGCUAUUGGGGUUCCACCUGUAGGGGGCGGCCCCGAGCAAUUAACCAUAGCCGUCGUAUUCAGAGAUCAAAGCCCGCAAGCAGAAGAUUUGAAUCAACUGAAACUAUUGUUCAACUCUGCUCUGAAGAAAUUGAAUCCUCUUUUCAAGGUUUCAUCGGUCAUUGUGGUGCCAUCGCUCCCUCGAACUGCCUCGAACAAGGUCAUGAGGAGAGUCCUACGCAAGGAGUUUACCCAGGCAAAGCCCUCUAAAAUCUAGAUGGUUAGGAAGAGCGUUCUGCACCUCUCAAAAUUACAGGGGGUUGCAAACCAAACUGUGAAUAUAUAUGCUCAUGUCUUCAGAUGUUCAGUUGUAUUCUUACACAUCCUUUGUAUAGCGAGGUUAACUUACAUUGAUCAGGCAUAGUAAAUGAGGUACAGUACUAAUAAAGCAUGAUCGCUACCAUGAACUGUUA